AUGCCCUUGCCCUCGGCGUCCUACGGCCGGGACGCCUUCCACCAGUGCCACCAGCAGCGUGCUCCUCGGGCACACACGUGUGCACCCAGCACACCCAUGCAGUCUCCUCCUCCGUCCAUGACGGAUCUGUCGAUGCAGACGGCCUAUGAGGAAGACCUGGGAGAGCUGGUCCUCCAGGUGUGGGGUACCUGUCCUCCACCCUGGGGGGCCGCCUGCUGCCCCGGGGCCACUCCUGAGGCCGGGGCCGAGGCCCAUCUGUUCUGCGACCAUCACUACCUGUGCUGGAUUCUCCAGCACUUCCGGGAGUCAGCUCCGGUGCCCACACGGUCUCUGCUUGCAGAGUGGGCAGUCCAUGAAACCAAAUGUGCAGCUGCCUUCCAGAGAAAAAGUGACCGGGAGCUGAGCGAGAUCGGCGUGCGGAGGGCCUUCCCCGGCAGCGGCAGGGGAGACUCUGCUCCGGACACGGACCCAGGGGCCCGCCCGGUCAGGCCUCUCCCGGCUUCUCCUCCCUGCGCUCGCCUCAGCCUGGGCCGGCACCCACAGGGCCCAGCAGGGCAGCUGGUGGCCCCUGCCGGGGGUCUCGAGGGCCACGACCGCCCUCCCCGAGUCCGCCCAGCCCUCGUCACCCCCAGGCCAUCCUGCACCUGGGGCGUCUGGUUACAACCGGGGAGCGUCCCCCUGCAAAAACGCCCGGAGGGUCAGGACCCCCGACCGCUGCCCCCACGGAGGAGGCCGAGGAGGAAAGGCCAAGGAGGAAAACGAGAGAAGGACCACGGCUCUGCAGCGUGGGGCUUCCAGGGGCCUCGAGCAGGCUCAGGAGACCCCGAGGGCUGUCUCCGCGCAGAGGAGAGGAGGAACGUGAGAUGA